CAUGCAGAAUGUUCUUUGGCUCCGAUGGCUAUCACGAAAUCGCGAAAUCACGAAAUGCAUGGAGUAAUAGCAGCAGCAGCAGCAGCAAGCAGCAACUCUGUCGACAUCACGGCGAGCACGAGUACAUACUCUACCGUAGUACACUCCGACGCCAACGGGACUUUGUAACCCAAGUACCACCUAGAGUACCGGUACUCACCCGUACUGUACGUUCCGCCACCGAUAAACCAACAAACGGACGCCUCCAGAUCGAUAACUAUCCCUUCCAAGUGGCACCCGUACUCUUCUCCACGCACUUCCCUUCACUGCCCUUCACUGCGGCCGUCGAUUUGAUUUUUCUGUUUGUCCGCAACGUUUCGUGGCAGGUAGGCUUGGUCUUCUCCACGCACGCUUGGUGUGGUGGCUUGGGCGAUGCGAUGAAAUGGUUGUGCGUGGACCGCAUCGGAACCCUUCGUUUGACAAGGUCGCCGUUGAUUCGACUCCUCCGCGGACCGCGGUGCAUGUAGUGUGUAAUCAUCAACAAUCCGCCUCGCACCUGUCGUGGUUGAAACGAGACGCGAGACCCGAGAGCUUGCUAGAUGCUGACGGCCCAGUGCGGGCGGUAACUAUCCCGCCCCGGCCCCCCUCACCCCUCACAUAAGUGCGAUCUAGGUGUUGUCCCCGCCAUCUAGAUCUAAAGUAUGUACGUGCUUUCGGCAAAUUAGAGUACAGUUCAGAGAUGUAUGAGAUGUGUGGGGGCAGUGUGUGAUGAGCUGUGGAGUGUCGCGUCGAAUGUUUCCGUCCCAGAAUCGGGUGCGGUUCUUUGUUUGCUGCAGAUGCGAUCAGAUGGA